AUGGCUUGGAGAGCGAUUCGUGAUAAGGGUAUUCGGUCUCCUCUUGGCAGACGCGUCAUUUUGUCAUCUCAAGAACAUAUAGUUGGGUCAACCUCUAAAGUUAACCUUGACUUCACAGUGAGAUCAGUUUCAGCUGCUAAUUGUAGACAAGGCUUUACUAGUGGCUCUCUUUUACCUGGCGCUUCUCAUGGCAAUGUUCUGACUAAAGAAUCCUUCAUCCGGUACUUUCAUAACACUCCGGCCCUAUAUAGCAGAAAAGCAGUUGAUGAGGCCUUGGGUUUAAAGACAGAAAGGAAAGGGAAGUUUAAGAGAAGGGACAAGGCACAGAUGAAACCUCCUGUUGAAGCUAAAUACGUGCCCCCUAAACUAAAACAAUAUAUGAAGUCCUCUCAAGCUAAAAUGGUCGACAUAUUUGAAGGCAUGACCAUCGUUGAACUUGCCAAGCGUACUGGUGAGUCAAUCAGCACCUUACAGGAUGUUCUUCUUAAUGUUGGGGAAAAGCCCGGGUCAGAGUUUGAUCCUCUCAGCAUUGAUGUUGCGGAGCUCAUUGCUAUGGAGGUUGGGGUUAAUGUCAAGAGGCAACAUUCAUCCGAAGGCUCACAAAUCCUUCCACGACCUCCAGUUGUUACAGUCAUGGGUCAUGUUGACCACGGAAAGACAUCUCUCCUGGAUGCCCUGCGCCAAACAGCAGUGGCUGCCACUGAAGCUGGUGGAAUAACUCAGCACCUUGGUGCUUUCGUGGUAGGGAUGACAUCUGGGGCAUCAAUCACAUUUCUCGACACGCCAGGCCAUGCUGCAUUCAGUGCGAUGCGAGCAAGAGGUGCAGCAGUCACCGACAUUGUUGUUCUUGUAGUUGCUGCUGAUGAUGGGGUGAUGCCUCAAACAUUGGAAGCUGUGUCCCAUGCAAAAUUAGCCAAUGUGCCAAUUGUGGUUGCUAUCAACAAAUGUGACAAGCCAGCUGCGGACCCAGAGAGAGUCAAAGUUCAGUUAGCAUCAGAGGGUUUGCAGCUAGAGGAAAUGGGCGGUGAUGUCCAGGUAGUUGAAGUCUCCGCUGUUAAGAAAACUGGGUUGGAUGACUUGGAGGAAUGCUUGCUUCUUCAAGCAGAGUUGAUGAACCUGAAAGCUCGUGUCGAUGGUCCAGCUCAAGCUUAUGUCGUGGAGGCAAAACUCGACAAAGGUCGUGGACCACUGGCUACAGCAAUAGUGAAGGCAGGAACCUUGGUCUCUGGGCAGCACAUUGUGGUGGGGUCAGAGUGGGGGAGAAUAAGAGCUAUAAGGGAUAUGGUAGGGAAGUUGGCACAGCAGGCGACACCUGCAAUGCCAGUUGUGCUUGAAGGGCUGAAGGGGCUUCCUAUGGCUGGAGACGAUAUCGUUGUUGUGGAAUCCGAGGAGAGAGCUAGAAUGCUGAGUGCUGGUAGGAAAAAAAAGUUCGAGAAAGAUCGGCUGAGACAGAUUAUGGAGGACAGGCCUAUGGUUGAGGAACCAUCAGAAGAAGAUGGGCCUGUAGCUGUAAGGGUUGAGAUGCCGAUUGUAGUGAAAGCAGAUGUUCAAGGAACUGUCCAGGCUGUCACUGAUGCUUUGAAGACUUUAAACAGUCCUCAGGUUUUCGUGAAUGUAGUCCAUUUAGGCGUGGGUCCAAUCAGUCAGUCGGAUAUCGAUCUAGCUCAGGCAUGUGGUGCGUGCAUAAUUGGAUUCAAUGUCAAAACUCCACCUGGUUCAGUCAGUCUUGCAGCAACUAAAUCCGGCAUAAAGAUCAUGCUGCAUCGAGUUAUCUACCGCCUUUUAGAGGACGUGGGCAACAUGAUAGUAGAGAAAGCUCCCGGGACUUCUGAGACUCAAGUAGCCGGAGAGGCCGAAGUCCUUAGCAUCUUCGAACUGAAGGGGAGGAGCAAAGCCGCAGGAGGAGACAUGAAGAUUGCGGGCUGCAAGGUGAUAGAUGGCCGAGUCAGCAGAGCAUCAACGAUGAGGCUCCUUAGGAGCGGUGAAGUCGUGUUCGAAGGAUGCUGCUCGUCCCUCAAACGAGAGACACAGGACGUGGAUGCAGUCGGUAAAGGGAGCGAGUGCGGAAUGAUGCUCCGUGAUUGCCAAGAUUACCGUGUUGGAGAUGUGAUCCAGUGCUUGGAGCAAGUCGUUCGGAAGCCCAAGUUCGUUUCUUCACAGAGUGGCGCUGUUCGGAUUGAAUGCUGA